AUGAAGCUCGACGUUAAGCGCCAGCUCUACACUCGCAGCGACCGAGUCAAGGGCAUCGAUUUCCACCCUCACGAGCCUUGGGUGCUCACGACCCUAUACAAUGGCAACGUCAAUAUCACCUCUUACGAAACGCAGCAGGUCGUCAAGACCUUUGAGAUGACCGAUGUUCCAGUCCGCGCUGGUAGAUUUAUUGCUCGCAAAAACUGGAUCGUCUGCGGUUCCGAUGACUUCCAGCUUCGUGUCUACAACUACAACACCUCCGAGAAGAUAACUUCGUUCGAAGCCCACCCAGAUUACAUCAGAGCCAUCGUUGUACACCCUACGCAGCCAUUCGUUCUGACUGCCUCUGAUGACAUGACUAUCAAGCUGUGGGACUGGGAAAAGGGCUGGAAGUGCGUGCGCGUCUUUGAGGGCCACAGCCACUACAUUCUGUCGCUGGCCAUCAACCCCAAAGACACCAAUACCUUUGCUUCUGCCUGUCUGGAUAGAACUGUCAAGAUCUGGAACCUCGGCUCCCCUCAUGCCAACUUCACCCUCGAAGCGCAUGAGACAAAGGGCGUAAAUCACGUCGACUAUUAUCCUCACUCCGAUAAGCCAUAUCUUCUCACAACCUCGGAUGACCGAACCAUUAAGAUCUGGGAUUACACAACCAAGUCACUGAUUGCGACCCUCGAAGGACACACACACAAUGUCUCGUUUGCAGUCUACCACCCCGAGCUGCCCGUCAUUGUUUCUGGGUCGGAGGAUGGCACCCUGCGAGUCUGGCACGCCAACACUUACCGUUUCGAGACGUCUCUCAACUAUAGUAUGGAGCGCGCUUGGUGUGUUUCCUCACAAAAAGGGCAGCAAUGCAUCGCUGUCGGCUACGAUGAUGGUGUCGUCGUUGUCAAGCUUGGUCGUGAGGAGCCCGCUGUGUCCAUGGAUCCUUCGGGCAAGCUCAUUUGGGCCAAGCAUAACGAGGUCGUCUCUUCCAUCAUCAAAGGAGAUGUCGAAAUCAAGGACAGCGAUCCCAUUACGCUGCCGACCAAGGAUCUCGGAACCUGCGAAGUCUACCCUCAGACUCUGAUCCAUUCGCCCAAUGGACGGUUUGUUGCCGUCUGCGGUGACGGAGAGUACAUCAUCUACACCGCUCUGGCAUGGCGCAACAAAGCGUUUGGUUCCGCGCUUGACUUUGUCUGGGCUUCCAAGGAAAAUAGUAACGACUUUGCUAUUCGCGAGACGCCUACGACUGUCAAGAUCUACAAGAACUUUGCUGAAAAGUCAGGUGGUCUUGAUGUCGGAUUUCAGGCUGAUGGCUUGACUGGUGGCAUCCUUCUUGGUGUUACAGGACAGGGUGGCAUCUCAUUCUUUGACUGGGCCACUGGCGGCCUCGUUCGUAGAAUCGAGGUUGAGCCCAAGCACGUCUACUGGUCCGAGAACGGCGAGCUUGUUGCCAUUGCUUGCGAGGAUACAUUCUACGUUCUGCGAUUUUCCCGGGAAAACUAUGUCGAAGCCGUCCAGGCCGGCCAGGUCGACGAAGAUGGCGUGGAGGCUGCUUUCGAAGUUAUUACUGAUAUUAGCGAGACCGUGCGCACCGGCGAAUGGGUUGGCGACUGCUUCAUCUACACCAACAGCACAAACCGUCUAAACUACCUGGUCGGUGAUCAGACCUACACCGUUUCCCAUUUUGACAAGCCCAUGUACGUCUUGGGUUACAUCCAAAGGGACUCGAGAAUCUACCUCGCCGACAAGGAUGUCAAUGUUACGUCGUUUUCCCUGUCACUGCCGGUCCUUGAGUACCAGACACUUGUUCUACGUGAGGACCUGGAGACUGCGGCCGAGCUGCUGCCCACCAUCCCCAAUGACCAGCUCAACAAGAUUGCCCGAUUUCUCGAAGGACAGGGCCACAAGGAGCUCGCCUUGGAGGUCGCCACUGACCCUGAACACAAGUUCGAUCUUGCUCUCGGCCUCAAUCAGCUCGACAUUGCCCUAGAGCUUGCCCGCGCUGCCGAUGUUGAGCACAAGUGGAAGACUGUUGGAGACGCGGCUCUUGCUGCUUGGGAUGUCACCCUGGCAACGGAGUGUUUUACACAUGCCAAGGACAUUUCAUCUCUAUUACUGCUCUACUCGUCGACUGGUGAUCGCGACGGCUUGACCCAGCUGGCCGCGCAAGCGGAGGAGAAGAGCGCCAACAACAUUGCCUUUUCCUGUUACUGGCUGCUGGGAGACGUGCAAAAGUGCCAGAGCAUUCUGACCAAGACGGAGCGAUAUGCCGAGUCGGUGCUUUUCGCACAGACGUAUAAGCCCAGCCUGGCUGCGGCUGCCGUCACAGAGUGGAAGGACAGCUUAGAAAAGUCAAAGAAGUCUCGCGUAGCCAAACUUAUUGGCGUUCCCGGCGAAGAUGAUGACUUGUUUCCUGAGUGGGACGCCUGGCUCAAGCUAGAGGGUGAGGGCGGCUCUCUGGUUGACGUUGAGGCCCCAGCAGUGAACGGCCACGAGGAAGUGGAAGAGGCUGCGGCUGAGGCUACGGCCGAGGCUGAGGUCGAGACUGAGAAGGUCGAGGAGAAGGCCGAGGAGAAGGCCGAGGAGGAGGAGGAGUAA